AUGUCCAAUGGAAAACCUACGGAGAGCUUUAUAAGAAGAAAAUAUUUUCUAUUCAUUCAGAUUUCGUAUAUGGUCCAUUGGAGUGGGAUUCUCAGGAGCAGUGCUGGUGAGGACAAGUGCAUCCCCUUGGGUCAGGACAGAGAUCUCCGUGGCUGUCAAGUUGCUGUCCUUCCAUGAUGAGACUCUAUGCUCUGUUUUUGGUAUCUCUUUCUGUUUGCACAGCUUGGGCAGGGCACCUGUCCUCACCACCUGUGGUGGAAACCAUGUAUGGCAAAGUCCUGGGAAAGUAUGACAGCCUGGAAGGAUCUGCACAGCCUGUGGCUGUUUUCCUGGGAGUCCCCUUUGCCAAACCUCCUCUUGGAUCCUUGCGAUUUGCUCCUCCACAGCCUCCAGAGCCCUGGACUUACGUGAAGAACACCACAUCUCACUCUCCUAUGUGUUCCCAAGAUCCAGUUGCAGGGCAGACAAGUUUAGACAUAGAGAACACCAGAAAGAGUAUCACUGUCACGUUUUCUGAAGACUGUCUGUACCUGAAUAUUUACACCCCUGCUGACUUGACAAGGAAAAGUAGGCUUCCGGUGCUGGUAUGGAUCCAUGGAGGUGGUCUGUUGUUUGGUGGAGCACCACCCUAUGAUGGACUGGCUCUUGCUGCCCUUGAGAAUGUGAUUGUAGUGACCAUCCAGUACCGUCUGGGCAUCUGGGGCUUCUUCAGUACAGGGGAUGAACAUAGCCCAGGGAACUGGGGUCACUUGGAUCAAAUUGCUGCACUGCACUGGGUUCAGGACAACAUUGCCAACUUUGGGGGCAAUCCAGGAUCAGUGACCAUCUUUGGACAGUCAGCAGGAGGUGAAUGUGUCUCUGUUCUUGUGCUAUCUCCCCUGGCCAAGAACCUCUUCCACAGGGCCAUUUCCCAGAGUGGUGUAGCCCUCACUCCUGGUUUGUUAAGCAAGGAUGCUAAGCCUCUGGCUAAGAAAAUUGCUGUCACUGCUGGGUGUAAAACCACUUCCUCAGCUGUCAUGGUUCACUGCCUGCGCCAGAAGACAGAGGAGGAACUGUUGGAGACCACACUGAAACUGAAUUUUUCUACUCUGGAUUCUUUUGGAGACCCCAGAGAGCACAGUCUUUUAGUGCCCACUGUGAUCGAUGGAGUGCUGCUGCCUAAGGCACCUGAAGAAAUUUUGGCUGAAAAGAACUUCAACACUGUCCCCUACAUGGUAGGAAUCACCAAGCAAGAGUUUGGCUGGCUGCUUCCACUGAUAUUGGGUAAUCCAAUCCCUGAAGAUAAGCUAGAUGACCAGAUGGCCAUAUCUCUCUUAUGGAAGUUCUAUCCGUUUACUAAUGUUCCUGAGGAACUGACUCCAACAGCCAUUGAGAAGUAUUUAGGAGGGACAGACGACCUUACCCAAAAGAGAGAGCAGUUCCUAAACUUAUUGGGAGACUUCAUGUUUGGUAUCCCAUCUGUAAUUGUGGCCCGUGGCCACAGAGAUGCUGGAGUCCCCACCUACAUGUAUGAGUUCCAGUAUUGUCCAAGCUUCUCACCAGAUUUGAGACCCAGGACAGUGCUAGGAGACCAUGCUGAUGAGAUCUUCUCAGUGUUUGGGGUUCCAUUUUUAAAAGAGGGAGCCUCAGAAGAAGAGAUCAACCUCAGCAAGAUGGUGAUGAAAUUCUGGGCCAACUUUGCUCGGACUGGGAACCCCAAUAUGGAGGGGCUGCCUCACUGGCCCAAUUAUGACCAAAAGGAAGGAUACCUGCAGAUUGGUGCCACCACCAAACCUUCACAGGGACUGAAAGAAAAAGAAGUGGAUUUCCACACCAAGCUUCUAGCCAAGAAGAAAGUGGUGAAUCCACACCUGAAUGGACACACAGAGCUCUGAAGAGAAGACUAGCUCAUUUCAGGAGGCUAGAGCGAUUAACAAAGGUAUAUUCUACAGUAGAUAUUUGAAAGACAAGCUUACAUAUGUUUUCAAUGACUGAAGCACUGUUUGCGGAGGGUGAGCAGAGUCCUGGGAUUAGGGAAUGUUUGUACAGUGGCCUGAAUUUGGAGAACACAAGAGGCAGAUAACUUUCACAGUGAUGGCUCAAGGGAAAAAUUGUAGCAGGAAAAAUUACUCUCUUUAAAAUCUUUGG